AUGGAGCCCAGAGAAGCCACUGGGAAAGAGAACAUGGGCACCAAGAAAAAGAAUCUGACUUUCUUGAGGCCCAGGCUGUAUAUGCUGGAGAGAAGGAAGACCGACACAGUGGUUGACAGCAGUGUUCCUGGGGACCACUCUGGUACCUUGAGGAGGAGCCAGUCUGACAGGACCGAAUACAACCAGAAACUACAAGAAAAGAUGACUCCACAGGCUGGGGCUUCUGCCACUGAGACCCUAACUCAGGAGGAGCAUCAGAUGCAGAGAAUGAUGGCAAAGCGUUCGAAAAUCAUCAAGGAGCUGAUACAGACGGAAAAAGACUACCUCAAUGAUCUUGAGCUGUGCAUUAGGGAAGUGGUUCAGCCCUUGAGAAAUAAACAGAUUGAUCGGCUGGACGUGGAUAGCAUGUUUAGCAACAUUGAAUCCGUGCAUCAGAUAUCAGCCAAGCUGCUGUCAUUGUUGGAAGAGGCCACAACAGACGUGGAACCGGCCAUGCAAGUAAUCGGAGAAGUGUUCUUGCAGAUUAAAGGACCACUGGAAGAUAUUUAUAAAAUCUACUGCUACCACCAUGAUGAGGCACACAGCGUAGUGGAAUCCUAUGAAAAGGAAGAAGAGCUGAAGCAACAUUUGAGCCACUGUAUCCAGUCCUUAAAGAAAAUAUACAUGCAAGAAGGCAAGCCAAACUUACUGGACAUGGGCUCUUUGAUGAUCAAACCAAUCCAGCGUGUAAUGAAAUACCCCCUCUUACUGUGUGAACUCCGGGGCUCCACCCCUCCCUCUCACCCAGACUUCAGGGCGCUGGGAGAUGCUUUCACUGCAGUAAAAGACAUUAAUGUGAACAUCAAUGAACUUAAAAGACGGAAAGAUUUAGUUCUAAAAUACAAGAAGAAUGAUGAGGAGGAAUCACUUAAAGAUAAAUUGUCUAAACUAAACAUUCAUUCAAUUAGCAAGAAAUCAAAAAGAGUGACAAAUCACCUAAAGAUUCUAACCAGAGGAGAACCCCAGGUGAAAGACAAUACCUUCAAUAGAGAAGAAAAGCUGUUUAGAUCUUUAGAAAAGACGGUGAGGCAUUGCGUGAAGAACAUUUCCCUCUGUCUUCAGCAUAUCCAGGAUGCCAUGCCCCUAGCGCUGCGGAGUGUCAUGGAGCUCCAGGAGAUCUCAUGCAACAAAGACAAGGAGGAGAGGAGCCAUUCGGAGGCCCCAAGGAAUGCCCUGAAUCCCUGUGACGACUUUGCAGCCCAUUUGCAGAGGCUCGUCCUGAUGCCCCUGUCGGCCCUGCUAUCCUUAUUCACAGGGCCUCAGAAGCUCAUCCAGAAACGCUAUGACAAACUGCUGGACUGCAAUAGCUCCCUACCACGGGCAGCAGGAGAUGAGUCAGACUUGGCCAAAAAGGAGUACGAGGCCCUCAAUGCCCAGCUCGUGGAGGAGCUCCAGGUGUUCAACCAGGCUGCUCGGAAGGUUCUGUGGAACUGUCUGUGCAGCUUCAUGGCUCUCCUCAGGGACCUGACACUUGCGACUCGGCAGGUUUAUUCCACGGUGGCGCCGGUACCACUGUUGGCCUCAAGAAUCUCUGAAAUUCAGAAUCAAGUACUAGAAGAGGUUCAAAAUCUUAAUUUUGUAAAGGACAACAGUACCACCUUUAUUGAGAGGAAGCUUAGUUUUGAAAAGAAGAAGCCUGUGCAAAUUCUGCCAGAAGUGCCCCGUCAAACUGACAUUCACCGCUCCAAACUUCUAUCCACAUACAGUAAAGAAGAACUCUACCAAGCGAAGCGGAAGUGCAAUGCUACCCAAGAAUAUGACAUCAAUCUUCUGGAAGGGGAGUUGGUGGCUGUGGUGGAACAGAAGGAUCCACUGGGGAGUACAAGCAGGUGGCUUGUUGACACAGGAAUUAUAAAAGGAUAUGUGUAUUCCUCCUUCUUAAAACCCUACAACCCAGCGAAAGCACAGAAGGUGGACACUGAGAACAGGUUCGGUGAUGAGGAUUUUGAUAACAUCAGCCUCUUUGUGUCCUCACGGCCAGCUAGUGACAGUGUCACAGGCACCCUGGAAAGUAGCAUAAGUGACAGCAGCUCAUCUCUUAGUGGUACAUAUGGAAAGUUUGAAACAAAUGGCACUGACGUUGACAGUUCUCAAGAGGUAGAUGAACAGAUUUUCUAUGCAGUUCAUGCCUUUCAAGCACGAAGUGACCAUGAACUCAGCCUUCAGGAAUACCAAAGAGUCCACAUACUCCGAUUUUGUGACCUAAGUGGCAAUAAAGAGUGGUGGUUAGCUGAAGCUCAGGGGCAGAAAGGAUAUGUGCCAGCUAACUACCUUGGCAAGAUGACUUAUGCUUAA